GAUUGGAUCGCGCCCGAGAAAUCAAAGUCGCGUUGCAGGGACCCAUCGACCGCCGACCCGUCCAGCAAGCCCGAACCGGCCGCCUCGACCCGACAUUUCGAGGCAAACCCACCGCUCACUCCCCUGUCGCCGUUGCCACUCGGGCUCUCUCGUUUGCGACACGCUCCGGCACUCGGACGGAGGCUUUUUACGACGUCUCGCUCUCUCACGCGACCUGCGUUCUUAGCCGGAUCCACCACGGCGGCCAUCUGAAUUUCGCAAGACCCCGGCGGGGUGCGACGAGGGGGAGAGCGAGAGAGUGAUCGAAGGAGGAACUGGGGAGGAGCCUCGGGAGCGAGGGGAACCCAACAGUUGCUCAUUGAGAUGGCGGCGAACGGGGAAGCGGCGGCGGUGGCCGCGGCACAGCUGGAUAGCAUCAAACCGCCCGAGGGCGUCAUCAUCCCGCCGCCGGGCGAGAUCCGCGAGGUCAUCGAGAAGACGGCCGGCUACGUGGUCCGUGGAGGUGUGGGCAUAGAGCAGCGCCUGCGGGAGAACCACGGCAACAAUUCAAAGUUCGGCUUCGUUGUCAACAGUGACGACCCCUACCACCCGUACUACGAAUGGCGCAAGGCGGAGUACAAGGCCGGGCGCGGCACCGCCGUCGCCGCCGGGCGCGCGAGUGAAGCGGUAAAACAGGCCGAGGCCGUCGAGGUCGAGGACAAGGGCCCGCCGAAACCGCCCGACUUUGAGUUCUCGGCCAAGAUGCCGCGAAUGAACCAAAAGGACGUCGAGGUGCUGCGCUUGACAGCCCUCUUCAUUGCCCGCAACGGCCGCCAGUUCCAGACCCAGCUUGCCCAACGCGAGGCCAAGAACCCACAGUUUCAGUUCCUUAUCCCGAACCACACCUUCCACAACUUCUUCCAGCACACCGUCGACCAGUACGCCACCAUACUCAAGGAGGACGGCAUGGGCGGCGACGGCUCGCGCGCCCAGGAGGUCCGAGUCGCCGCCCUGCGCCGCAACGCCGAGGACCGCUUCAGCGUGCUCGAGCGCGCACGGCAGCGCACCGCCUACUCCGCCUGGCAGGCGCAGCAGCGCCAGAAGGAGGAGGCGCUCGAGGAGAAGAAGAAAGACGACUUUGCGCGCAUCGACUGGAACGACUUUGUCGUCGUCGAGACCAUCACCUUCUCCGAGGCCGACGAGUCCAUCGCCCUCCCGCCUCCCACGACCCUCAACGACAUCCAGUACGCCUCGCUCGAGGAGAAGAAGAAUUUCUCCCUCAGCGCCCUGCGCAUCGAGGAGGCCUUCCCCUUCGAGGACACAGACUACAACGCCCACCCGGUCAGGCCGCAGCCGGCGCAGCCGCAGCCGCAGCAGAACGCGCUCGACCUCCCGGUCCACCCCGGGCCGUCCCCGCAGCAACAACGCGGGUACGCCGGCCCGGUCCAGGACGAGGAGGAGGUCCGGAGGAUACAGGAGCGCGAGCAGGCGCGGGCCCGCGCCCACGAGGCGCAGGCGCAGGCCAGGCCGAGCGCGGCGCCCGUCAAGAUCAAGGAGAACUACGUGCCCAAAGCAGCCGCCCGCGGCGUCAAGGCGGCGGGGCAGAUGGCCAUCUGCCCGAGGUGUAACGAGCAGGUCCUCAUGUCGGAGCUGGAGGAGCACAUGCGAAUCGAGCUCCUGGACCCGAGGUGGAAGGAGCAAAAGGCAAAGGCCGAGUCGCGCUACGCCACCACCAACAUGGCGACGGCCGACGCCGCCAACAACCUGAAGCGGCUGGCCAGCCAGCGCACCGACGUCUUCGACAGCGUGACGGGCCAGCCGCUGUCCGAGGAGGAGAUGGCGCGCCGCAAAAAGGCGACCAUCAACAGCUACGACGGCAAUCCGGACGGCAAGAGCCAGGCCCACAUCGCGCACCUGCAGAACGUCAACGUCGAGGAGCAGAUACGCGCGAUCCAGCAAAAGUUUGGCGAGCGGAAGGACUAGGUCUGUUGCUCGCGGCUGCUUUUUGUUUCCCCAUCCGAGAAUCAUGGCCGUGGCAAACAAAAGCGCCGGGGCCGCUGCCCUCUGAGCGGCUCGGGCUCCGCAGUGUCACUUCAACUUCACAUGCUUGUGCUGUCGUCUUUCUUUCUCUAUCUAUUGGGAUACAUUGAACAAAAUCGCCGAAAUUAUACCGAUUCUUCCGAGCAAGAAUACUCCGGCGGACACGAAGCAUGAAGAAAGGGGGCGACCCAGCUUACUCCAGUGAUAACCUUGUCUUUGUCGUAUAAUGUCAUCAUGUUUAUAUAGUGAAGGUGAUUUUUGCUGCGUUGCGGCUGUGGGGAUACUGUGAAGGAAGCGACCAGAAAUUGAUGGACCACAGCUACACGACCACAUGAAGAAUACAUACACCGAGGAAUCGCUACACAGCUUCCACACCGGAACUGGCCAUUUGGGGUGCAAACAUUCUGGCAUGAACGGACGGGAUCUCGACUGGGCUUGAAUUGGUGCCGACCAUACGUGCUUCGCUAUGCAAGAGUCAUCAUGCCUUCAGCACACACCAAGUCCAUGGGCGUGGCGCUCAAGGCACCACGCCCUGCCGCUUGCUAGCAACACCUGAAACCAUGUCAUAACCAAACAAACAAACAAUCAAACAAACGCUACAGUCAUG